AUGUUGGCAAAGAUUCCUACCACAUGGAAUUUGCUGUUGAAUCACAUGGGAUUUAUGCUAUUGGGCCCUGAAACUUUAUUCAACAGUUUGAAAUAAUUCCACAGCUUUGCUCAUUCACCAUCCCACUUGGGAUUAGUGCACAGGCAUGAACACCUAUUGAGGAAAACCACACAGGAUUUCACCCAGAUCCUACGGGAAAAGGAGUUUUGUUCCACAGUUACCAGGCCACUAGUAUACCAACUUCCAGUCACCUUGGUUGCUGAGAUGAAGACUGUGCAUUCCACACUUUUCCUGCUACUGCUGCUGCCUCUGACGCAGCCAGCACCUCAAACUCAACUCAACUUGCACACUGAGUAUGGAACAGAUAAUUCUGAAGAAACUACAGUUAACCAGGACUAUGAUGAUAAACACCUGGAUGGAAAAUAUAUUAAGGAAAAUGAAACUUUGAUAAUUCCUGAUGAGAAAAAUCUUCAGUUACAAAACGAUGAGGUUAUACCGUCAUUACCAACCAAUAAAGAAAAUGAUGAAAUGCCCACAUGCCUGUUGUGUGUCUGUUUAAGUGGCUCCGUAUACUGUGAAGAAGUUGACAUUGACUCUGUGCCACCACUGCCAAAGGAAUCAGCUUAUCUUUAUGCACGAUUCAACAAAAUAAAAAAGCUGACUGCCAAAGAUUUUGCGGACAUGCCUAAUUUAAGAAGACUUGACUUUACAGGAAAUUUGAUAGAAGACAUAGAAGAUAGUACUUUUUCAAAACUUUCUCUGUUAGAAGAACUUACACUUGCUGAAAACCAACUACUAAGACUUCCAGUUCUUCCCCCAAAACUUACUUUACUUAAUGCCAAACACAACAAAAUCAAGAGUAAAGGAAUUAAAGCAAACACAUUCAAAAAACUGAAUAAACUCUCUUUCCUUUAUUUGGACCAUAAUGAUCUGGAAUCUGUGCCUCCUAAUUUACCAGAAAGUCUACGUGUAAUUCACCUUCAGUUCAACAGCAUAUCUUCGAUUACAGAUGACACAUUCUGUAAGGCUAAUGACACUCGCUAUAUUCGGGACCGUAUUGAAGAGAUUCGCUUGGAGGGCAAUCCAAUUGCUCUGGGAAAGCAUCCAAACAGUUUUAUCUGCUUAAAAAGAUUACCUAUAGGGUCAUACUUUUAACCACCAUCAAUGCAGUUUAUAAUCUAAAGUACAUAUACCUAAUGUCUAAAGAAGCAUAAACAUUAGUUUAAUAUUGUCAUUUCAUCUCACUAUGAUGGAAUUUUAUGUUUAAACAAAGACAUCCAAAAUUCUUACAUGUAACUACAAAAAUAAUCCAGCCCAAAUCUCUUAGUACAAAACAAAAUAAUGUGAAACUAAACAGCAUUAAAAACUCCUUGUAGUUUACACUAGACUGCCAUCUAAACAGCACGCUUUUAUAUAAACACUAGCUUGAGAUACGCCAUUUCCAUAACUAAUGAAGUAAGAGAAUUCCAAGAAACUUUCAACUGUUUGUCUUUCUUAACAUUUACUGUAUCUCAAAAGCAUUUAAGGCAGAUGUUCCAAAACACUGAAAAUCCAAGUUUUUCCAGUGACCUUCCACUGACUGUUAGGUCUCAUCAGCAUUCUCCAUAAAGCAGAAACUUACUUUCUGUCAAGGCAGCUAUUUUACUGUGUUUCUCACUUAGCCUAAGGAAAAGGGUAGCCACAUAUGUAUGAGAAAAUUUCCAAAUAAAGUAGAUUUUUAUUCUUUGUUAUAAAACCAAUUUAGAAAAGUUCAGUUUUCUGCUAUAUAUAUGGUCACAUAUAUAGUCUUUAUUCAAUUACUUAAAAAAAAAAAAAACUUUGUAAAAAAAUCAAAAUCCUACCCAUUUCUCAGAGAAUAAUAAGGUUCAUUCACUCUCAAGAUUCUCAAAUAUGAAAUAAUUGUAAACUUUUUCACAGUAUAGAAAUUAUUUCAUCGAUAAAUUUGUUCAAAUAUAAGAAAUGAAAACAAAGUUUAUUCUGUUGUGCUGUGUGCAGCUUCAACUGUGCAAGUUCACAAACUGGAUAUUCCCAACACAGCUGUGAGCACCAUUUCUCAACCACCAUGAUUUCCAGACACACAUAAUAGUGAAAACCUAAUCUUCAGUCUAAUAGUAAUAACAAUGCAGAUUAAAGUUCCAAAAUUAACCUUCACAGGCAGGUACAUAGCUCAAUCACAAAUAUUAGUCUACAUAUUACUUUGAAGUUGAACACAAAAUAACAGUGUUUUAGACAUAUUGACCUUUUACAUAUUUACAAAAGUACUAAUAUAAUUUCCAUUCUAAAGCAAACAUUAGACUUUACAUGUUCUUCCUAGAACACUCAUUUUAAGCACUUGUUGUGGCCUAACCCAGACCAACCCCUCUUUCAUCAUUAAGGCUGAUCCAGACAAAACUUUUCAUUACAGCAUCUGUAAGGUCAUAACUAUUGCUCUAUAUUUACUAUUCAUUCUUUUUUGUCGUUUUUUUUUUUGUUUUUUUUGUUUUUUUUUUUUUUUUUUUUUUUUUUUUUUUUUUUUUUUUUUUUUUUUGAGGCAGGGUUGCUCUGUGUAGCCCUGGCUAUCCUGGACUUGCCUUGUAGACCAGGUGGGCCUUGAAUUCACAGAGAUCCUCCUGCCUCUGCCUCCUGAGUGCUGAGAUUUCAGGCUUGCAUCACCACACCCAGCCCUCGUUCCUUCAUUUUUAUAAGCUAAUUACAGUAACUUUAUCCCAACUGCAUAAUUUUCUGUGUCUAAAUGCUCACCAAGAGCACUGAACACAGUUCUACUUUUACACUUUUAUGGUACCUAAUAGUACGUACGAGUGAGAUCUACAAUAAACAUUGUAAAAUCUAUCCAAAUAUAAGGGUUCUGUUUAUAUGAAAAAAAAUUUGUAUAACCUUAAAUAAACCAAUGGAAAUAAAGUGACAAGACUGAGACUGGACAAUGUUCGGGUGUGUCUAUUAAUUUUCUGGCUUU